AUGUCUACUUCACCGGUUCCACCGCCGCUCUCGCCGCAUCAGCAACCGCAACAAGGGCCGCAUCCGCCGACAACCAACGCGGCGUUGCUCCAGAUCUUGGCCCAGCAGCAGCAGCUGAUGACCGAGCUCGCGGCGCAGGUGAAGGGGAUGUCGAGGGAUGAAGUCGUGCUAGACUCACUCUCCAGCAACAUCGCCGAGUUUGCGUACGAUCCGGAACAUGGGUGCACCUUUGACUCCUGGUACGCGAGGUAUGCGGAUCUGUUCGACAAAGACGCGGGCAAAUUGGACGACGCAGCGAAGAUCCGGCUACUCAUGCGGAAGUUAAACCCAGCGGCCCACGAACGAUUCACGAGCUUCAUCCUCCCUAAAACGCCCAAGGACUUCAAGGAGUUCUCUGUGGUCGUGACGAAGCUCAAGACCAUCUUCGGGACGCCAGUGUCCGUCUUCAACCGCAGAUUCCACUGCCUGCAAAUAACCAAGGACGACGCCGAAGAUUUUGUGUCCUACUCUUGUCGGGUGAACCGGGCAUGCGUCGACUUCAAGAUCAGCGAACUCUCCGAAGAACAGUUCAAAACGCUAAUCUUCGUGUGCGGACUGAAGUCUCCCCGUGAAUCCGACAUCCGCAUGCGACUGAUCACCAAACUGAACGAGCGAGCGGAGGUCACGCUGGAGCAGGUGGUCGAGGACUGCAAGAACCUGGUCAACCUCAAGAAGGACACCAGCCUCGUGGAGAAGCAGGGAGCACCUGCGCUCGUCCAGGAGGUGCGGCAAAGCAGAUUCAAGGCGAAGCAGGAUAAGCCGGACAAGCAGAAGCAGCAGCAUUCAUCCGAAGCUGGCCCCAGCAGUGGCCAACCCAGUGCUCCGUGCUGGUCGUGCGGGGGCAUGCAUUAUUCAGCUGACUGCAAGUUCCGGGACCACGUUUGCCGCGACUGCAAGAAGAAGGGGCACAAAGAAGGGUAUUGCGCCUGUUUUGCGAGGAAGGGGAAGAAGAAACCCCCGUCCAAGGGCGUGAAGGUGGUAUCAGUCAAGAACGUCAGCCAGAGGAGGAAGUUUGCCGAGAUCGAGAUCAACCAGGUCCCGGUGCAGCUGCAGAUCGACUCAGCGUCGGAUAUAACCGUCAUUUCCGACCGGUGCUGGAAGCAGAUUGGGAGUCCUUCCGGUGUCAAACCAUCGUGCAGCGCAAAAACGGCCUCUGGGGCACCCCUUGACCUCGCACUGGAAUUCUGGUGCGACGUGGAGAUCAGCGGCAUCACGAAGCGCAGCCUGUGCCGCGUCGUGUCUCCCAAAAUCGACUUGAACAUUCUUGGCGCUGACUGGAUUAGUGCAUUUGGGCUGUGGGACGUUCCAUUCAGCUCGUUUUGCCGCAAAAUCGCCGAGUCAGCCCCCGAUGCCGUUCAAGCACUGCAAGCACAGUUCCCCAAAGUCUUCACCAGCGAAAUGGGACUGUGCACCAAGACGAAAGUUCAGCUCGCACUCAAGGAGAACUCGAAGCCUGUGUUCCGUCCCAAGCGUCCCGUGGCGUAUGCGAUGCAGAGCGCCGUGGAGACCGAACUUCAACGACUGCAGGAUCUCGGAGUUCUCGUGUCGGUGGAUCACUCCGACUGGGCGGCGCCGAUCGUCGUCGUACGGAAGCCGAACGGGUCCGUGCGGAUCUGUGCUGACUUUUCCACCGGGCUGAACAGCUGCUUGGAACCAAACCAGUACCCGCUCCCUCUGCCGGAGGACAUCUUUGCGAAGAUGGCGGGUUGCAAACUGUACAGCCACAUCGACCUGUCGGAUGCCUAUCUGCAGGUUGAAGUCGAUCCGAAGGACCAACACCUGCUGACCAUCAACACGCACAAAGGGUUGUACCGCUACACCCGCCUCACUCCGGGCAUCACCUCUGCACCGGGGUCCUACCAACAGUUGAUGGACACAAUGGUUGGCGAUCUCAACGGAACCUGUGGGUACUUGGACGACAUCCUUGUCGGUGGCCACACACCGGAAGAGCACGAUCGCAACCUUCAGCAGGUCCUCCGCCGUCUCGAAGAGUACGGCCUCACCGUCCGGAUCGAAAAGUGCAGUUUCCGGAUGCCUCAGGUCAAGUACCUGGGACAGAUCCUCGAUGGCGAUGGUAUCAGGCCGGACCCGGACAAGACUUCGGCCGUCGCAACCAUGCCGCCGCCUCACGACGUCUCAUCAUUGCGCUCGUACCUCGGCGCCGUAAACUAUUAUGGCAAGUACAUUCCGGAAAUGCGCAAACUCCGGUAUCCGAUGGACCAGCUGCUCAAGGCGGGCGUCAAGUGGGAGUGGUCCGAGGCGUGCCAGCACGCGUUCAACCGGUUUCGUGAUAUUCUGCAGUCCCCGCUAGCGCUCACACACUACAACCCAAAACUGGACAUUGUAGUCUCGGCGGACGCCUCACAACACGGAAUCGGCGCGCGCAUCGCCCACAAGCUGCCGGACGGCACCGUCAAGGCGAUCUCGUACGCGUCGCGCAGUCUCACUCCCGCUGAAGCAAACUACAGUCAGAUUGAGAAAGAGGGACUCGGACUCAUCUUCGCUGUCACCCGGUUCCACCGGAUGAUUUUUGGCCGGAGUUUCACGCUGGAGACGGACCACAAACCGUUGUUGGCGAUCUUCGGAAGCAAGAAGGGCAUCCCGGUGUACACGGCGAACAGGUUGCAGCGUUGGGCACUAACUCUGUUGCUCUACGACUUUGCGAUCCAGUACAUCCGGACGGAGAGCUUCGGAUACGCAGAUGUGCUUUCGCGGCUGAUAAACACACACAUUCGGCCGAACGAAGAGUAUGUCAUCGCCGCGGUCGAACUCGAAGACUGCAUGCAGGACAUCGUGAAGCAGUCCCUGGCGCAUCUGCCGAUCACGUUCAAGAUGGUCCAAGGCGGAACGAAAGCAGAUCCGGUGCUCAAGCAGGUGAUCCAGUUCGUGCAGACGGGUUGGCCAACAAACAGGACCGACCUCACCGAUCAACACGUGCAGCAGUUCCACCAGCGCAGAGACAGUCUAUCGUUGGUUUCCAACUGUCUCAUGUACGGAGAGCGAACGGUCAUUCCAGCCAAGUUCCGGGACCGUGUCCUCCAUCAGCUGCACAAGGGUCAUCCAGGAGUGGAACGAAUGCGGUCGGUGGCACGUAACUACGUCUACUGGCCUGGUAUCGACGAACACAUCACCCAGCUUGUUCGUUCGUGCAACGAGUGCGCCAAAGCAGCAAAAACCAACCCCAAGACCAGCCUGGAGAGCUGGCCGAUACCAACGCAACCGUGGCAGCGGGUGCAUGCUGAUUUCGCUGGCCCUGUGGACGGACUCUACUUUCUGGUCGUGGUCGACGCGUUCAGCAGAUGGCCGGAGGUGGUGCCUACCAAGCGGAUUACCACCACAGCCACGAUCGCCAUCUUCAGAGAAAUUUUCUCGCGGCACGGCAUGCCGGAGACGCUGGUAACCGACAACGGCACGCAGUUUACCAGCGAGGACUUCGAAGGCUACUGCAACAGCAAUGGCAUUCUCCAUCUGAAGACACCGCCGUACCACCCGCAGUCCAACGGGCUCGCCGAGCGCUUCGUGGACACGUUCAAGCGCACACUGAAGAAAAUAACCGCGGGGGGAGAGGCCCUCCGUCAAGCCAUCGACACUUUUCUGUUGUGCUACCGAUCCACUCCGUGUCGAAGCGCGCCGCAGAGCAAAACGCCAGCAGAACUUCUGCUGGGAAGACGGCUUCGCACAUCGCUGGACCUACUGAAGCCACCGACGCCGUUCAACAAACCCGCAGAUUCCGAGCAGGAGAAGCAGUUCAACCGCAAGCACGGCGCUAAGGCUCGGAACUACAACGUCAAAGAUCUGGUUUGGGCCAAAGUUCAUCGCAACAACACUUGGACUUGGGAGCCUGGCCAGGUGCUGGAACGGGUCGGCGCUGUUGUUUACAACGUCGCCACGAGUCCGAAGCGGUCGAGUCAACUGAAGAGCAGCAGCCAGCACAAAUCCCACUCAACAUUCUUCUGGAUUCCUGGGGACUUCUUCAAUCGGCGCCAGCUGAGCCAGCAGUUCAACAACCGGAUCCAGAGCCACAACCAUCGAGUUCGGGGAACGAGCUUCUCCCGGAUCAGGAACCAGGGGUGGUUCCACGUCGCCCUCGCCCUCAACGAAGAGCUACUCCUCAGCAACACCAAGGACCAUCUCGCACGUCUUCUCGUAUACGAAGACCGCCUGUGA